AUGUCGACCAAUGAUGAUAUCAAAAAGGCGGAGGAGUUGAAGACGAAGGAAGAAUUGGAGAAAUCGAGAGUGAAGUUCAACGAGCUCACCCAAUAUGCUUUGAGCCACACAUUGAGCGAAGAAGAAGUAAAGGAAGUGGAGGAGGACGAUAAUCCACACAUCUUCGAAAACUCUGGAAACCAGUUUGGAGCAAUGAUAGCUGUCGUGAAUGCCGGGACCGAAUACGGUCCUCUUCUAGAGCACAUCGCUAAACAAAGAGAACGCUCGAAGAAAGUGAGAGCUGCGUCAAGGACGUUCAAUCGACGCCCGGAACGGAUGGAAUUGCUCAAAGAACUGAAGAAAGCAGAGAUGGAGAAAAGGGUCAAGGAAAACGAGAAGGCGACCAAAGCAACCAGCAAGAAAAAAAGAUCCGCCAUUAAGGAUAAAAAAUAA